AAGUUGUAAUCUGUUCCUGCUGUCAUUGAUUUAGAUAUCCAGAUCGCCCCUGGCUAGGCCAGCGGGACCCCCUAACUCGGGCCUGUUUCUAUCUCUCCCUCAGGACACCAGCCAUGCCCUUUGCUUCCUAUGGCCUCCACCACACUAGCCUCCUGAAGCGACACAUCUCUCAUCAGACGUCUGUGAAUGCAGACCCAGCCUCCCAUGAGAUCUGGAGAUCGGAAACUCUGCUCCAGGUUUUUGUUGAAAUGUGGCUUCACCACUAUUCCUUGGAGAUGUACCAAAAAAUGCAGUCCCCUCAUGCCAAGCUGGAGGUUCUGCACCACCGACUCAGUGUCUCCAGCGCCCUCUACAGCCCCGCCCAACCCAGCCGCCAGGCCCUCCACGCCUUCCAAGAGUCGUUCACACCCACUGAGGAGCAUGUACUGGUGGUGCGCCUGCUAUUGAAGCACCUGCAUGCCUUUGCCAACAGCCUGAAGCCAGAGCAGGCCUCGCCCUCUGCCCACUCCCACGCCACCAGCCCCCUGGAGGAGUUCAAACGGGCCGCUGUCCCAAGGUUCGUGCAGCAGAAACUCUACCUCUUCCUGCAGCAUUGCUUUGGCCAUUGGCCCCUGGAUGCAUCGUUCAGAGCUGUCCUGGAGAUGUGGCUGAGCUACCUGCAGCCGUGGCGGUAUGCGCCUGACAAGCAGCCUCCAGGCAGCGACUCCCAGCCCCGGUGUGUGUCGGAGAAAUGGGCGCCCUUUGUCCAGGAGAACCUGCUGAUGUACACCAAGCUGUUCGUGGGCUUCCUGAAUCGUGCACUCCGCACAGACCUGGUCAGCCCCAAGCACGCACUCAUGGUGUUCCGAGUGGCUAAAGUCUUUGCCCAGCCCAACCUGGCUGAGAUGAUCCAGAAAGGUGAGCAGCUGUUCCUGGAGCCAGAGCUGGUUAUCCCCCACCGCCAGCACCGACUCUUCACGGCCCCCACAUUUACUGGCAGCUUCCUGUCACCGUGGCCACUAGCAGUCACUGAUGCCUCCUUCAAGGUGAAGAGCCACGUGUACAGCCUGGAGGGCCAGGACUGCAAGUACACCCCAAUGUUCGGGCCCGAGGCCCGCAGCCUGGUCCUGCGCCUUGCUCAGCUCAUCACGCAGGCCAAGCACACGGCCAAGUCCAUCUCAGAUCAGUGUGCGGAGAGCCCAGCUGGCUACUCCUUCCUGUCGUGGCUGGGCUUUGGUUCCACAGACACCAAUGGCUCCUACCCAGGCAAUGACCUGGAUGAGAUGGGGCAGGACAGCAUCCGGAAGACGGAUGAAUAUCUGGAGAAGGCCCUGGAGUACUUGCGCCAGAUAUUCCGGCUCAGCGACGCGCAGCUCAGGCAGUUCACACUCGCCUUGGGCACAACGCAGGAUGAGAAUGGAAAGAAGCAGCUCCCCGACUGCAUCGUGGGUGAGGACGGACUCAUCCUCACGCCUCUGGGCCGGUACCAGAUCAUCAACGGGCUGCGCAGGUUUGAAAUUGAGUACCAGGGAGACCCGGAGCUGCAGCCCAUCCGGAGCUAUGAGAUUGCCAGCUUGGUCCGUGCACUCUUCAGGCUGUCGUCUGCCAUCAACCACAGAUUUGCAGGCCAGAUGGUGACUCUGUGUUCCCGGGACGAUUUCCUCGGUAGCUUCUGUCGCUACCACCUCACAGAACCUGGGGUGGCCGGCAGACACCUGCUGAGCCCUGUAGGGCAGACGCAGGUGGCUGGCCAUGCUCGUGGCCCCAGGCUUAGCCUGCGCUUCCUGGGCAGCUAUCGAACGCUGCUUUCGCUGCUGCUGGCCUUCUUUGUGGCCUCCCUGUUCUGCAUUGGGCCCCUGCCCUGUACGCUGCUGCUCACCCUGGGCUACAUCCUCUACGCCUCAGCCAUGACGCUGCUGACAGAGCGAGGAAAGCUGCACCAGCCCUGAGGGCGCCAGCAGUCUUCAGAGCAGAGGGCAGGGGGGAUUUGCCACACAGCCCCACCCUUGGACUUGAGAGGACCUGGGAACUCCUCCAGAAGGGAAUAUGGUCAUCCUCGGGUUUCUCAGGGUGGUUCCUGCAGCCACAGAGGCAUCUGGAGGAAACAGAACUGAGAAGGGAGGGCAGGCGGGGUAAAGGAAAGAAGUGGCUACUGGGCUCAACAGCCAUGCUCUGUGACAGCACAGAGCUCAGCGCCGGCUCCUCCCUCCCUCCACCAAGGACUCAGGGCUAAGCCAGCUCUGAGGAACUUUUUUCCAGUGUCCAUUUGGGCACUCUGCCGCAUCAAGCUCAGGAGCCAGGUUGCCAGCGGCCGCUCAGGCCUGGCCUGUCCACUGGCUGGCCUUGAGGUGGGCAGAGUGGGUUGUGGUGUCUCCUCUCCCUGUGUGGGACCAGUAUGGUGGCUCAACCUCUACUCCAGGGAAGAAUCAAAGUUUCUAAAAGAGCCCUGAAAACACUAGAGAGUGGCUGUCUGCUAACACAUCAGAUGUAAAAAAAAGAGAGAGUGGCUCUCCUUUGAUUCUUCACUGUGAGUGAGGGGCAUUCUUCAUGUUCUCCCAGCUGUUCCAAGACUGGGCCAUAGAAGCUCAUGUUUCAGGAGCCUGAGAUUCUCCCGAGCCCAGGUGCUUCACUGCAGACCGCAGUCCAUCGAGCACAUCACCCAGAGCAGCAGCCAGCCCAUGCCUUGUCCCAGACGGGUGCUGGUCCUCAGGCGCUGGGGACACUGCUGGGUUGAUGGCAUCAGAUCCUGCCAGUUUCUGCUCUGCAGCCGGAAAUGGUCGGAAGCGUCACAGCUUCACUAACAUCAAGUACUCGAAGACACAGCAACCGUUUAAUGAUACUUAAGUAUUCAAAACUACAGAUUCUCUGACAGAAACCAGCAUGGGGCCUCCCACACCUUCAUUCCCCCACAGACACACCAGGGAGAACAGCCUCUUGGUGGUGAUUUUCAAACCAAGCCUUUGUUUUCGGUGUGGGGUGCUGGGGGUUUGCUUUAAUGUUUUUCAAACUGUAAAUGUUGGGCUUUGUAUUUUGAUGUAAACUCAGAAUAAUGGCAUUUUAGGACUUGUGACCAAAAAUCAAACCAAGCUUGUAACUCAAACAUGGAUCUGAAUAAACUUGUCCUUGCUUCUGA